AUGCCGCACAUGUCGCUUGAAGGUAAAGUAGCCAUUGUCACCGGCGGAACCAGGGGCAUUGGGUACGGAAUUGCAAUAGAGCUCGCUCACCGGGGAGCCGCCGUCCUCAUAACAUAUGUCUCACCAGGCUCCGCCAAGUUUGCACAAGAGCUGAUCUCCAAGGUCGAAAAGUCCGGGGGCAAGGCAGCAGCUGUGCAAGCGGAUUGUUGCUCGGUUGACUCUCCAAAGUUGAUUGUCGACACGGCCAUCAAGACAUUCACUGGAAAGAUUGACAUUCUCGUGAACAACGCCGGUAUCAGCGAGGAGCUGUGGUUGCGGGACUGUACAUACGACCAUUUCGAGAGGGUGUUCCAGACGAAUGUGCGGUUUCCGAUGUUUCUUGCACAGGCAAGCUUACCGUAUUUGAGCAAGGGUGGGAGGAUCCUGAACAUGUCGAGUGUCGCGGCUAGAGAAGCAUGGAAGAUGCAUACGGUGUACAGUGCGUCGAAGGCGGCUAUCGAAAGCUUCACGCGUACCUGGAGCUUGGAACUUGGCCACGAGUAUGGGGUCACGGUCAAUUGCAUUAACCCAGGCCCCGUGGCAACGGAAAUGUGGGAUGCUAUGCCUGCGGAAACUCAGGAGGAAACUCAGAAAUACAUCGACAACGUCCCUGCUGCGCCUCGUUUAGCUACAGUCGACGAUAUCGCACAAAUCGCGACCUUCCUGUGCGAAGAUGAGGCAAGAUGGAUAACCGGGUCGACUACCUGCGCUAAUGGAGGCGCGGUCAUGGUGUGA